GCAGGAGAGCUGGCCUGGCAGCUCCGCUGCGAGUUUCCACGGGCGCGCGGUUGUGCAACCGCGAGGCGAGCGGAGCCGCGGGCGCCUCGGAAAACAAGCCGAGCCCAUAAACAAAGCCACGUGGCCUCCGGGCCGGCGGGGGCCGGGCCAAGGGCAGGCUGCUCUUCCGGCAACAAAGAGCCGGGGCCAGAGGCCCGGGAUAAAUAGAGCGGCCCGGCCAGCCGCGCAACGCUCAGAGUCCUACGCCCUGCGAUCCUUGCUGGUGCCGGCGCCAGCCUCCAGCCCGCGCACAGUCUCGGCUGAGCAGCCCCAGCCCUCAGCCCUCUGCGGGUCUCCGGCCCAGCACUCCAAUCGUCCACCCGAGGCCGUCAGCCGGGUGCCGUCUUCCAGCCCGUCCCGGCGCAUCGCUCGCGAUCGCUCUUUUUUGGUGCCAUGCCAUUCCUCGGGCAGGACUGGCGGUCCCCCGGGCAGAGCUGGGUGAAGACGGCCGAUGGCUGGAAGCGCUUCCUGGAUGAGAAGAGCAGCAGCCUGGUGAGCGACCUCAGCAGUUACUGCAGCAAGGAGGUGUACAACAAAGAGAACCUCUUCAACAGCCUCAACUACGAUGUGGCGGCCAAGAAGAGAAAGAAGGACAUACUGAACAGCAAAACCAAAACUCAGUAUUUCCACCAAGAGAAGUGGAUCUAUGUUCACAAAGGCAGCACUAAAGAGCGCCAUGGAUACUGUACCUUGGGGGAAGCCUUCAAUAGACUGGACUUUUCCACAGCCAUUCUGGAUUCCAGAAGGUUUAACUAUGUGGUCCGGCUGUUGGAACUGAUAGCAAAGUCACAGCUCACAUCUCUGAGUGGCAUCGCUCAAAAGAACUUCAUGAACAUUUUGGAAAAAGUGGUCCUAAAAGUCCUUGAAGACCAGCAGAACAUUAGGCUCAUCAGAGAACUGCUGCAGACCCUGUACACCUCCUUGUGCACACUGGUGCAGAGAGUCGGCAAGUCUGUGCUGGUCGGGAACAUUAACAUGUGGGUGCACCGCAUGGAGACCAUCCUGCACUGGCAGCAGCAGCUCAACAGCAUCCAGAUCACCAGGCCUGCCUUCAAGGGCCUCACCUUCACUGACCUGCCCUUGUGCUUACAACUGAACAUCAUGCAGCGGCUGAGUGAUGGCCGGGACCUGGUCAGCUUGGGCCAGGUGGCCCCUGACCUGCAUGUGCUCAGCGAGGACCGACUGCUGUGGAAGAAACUCUGUCAAUACCACUUCUCUGAGCGGCAGAUUCGUAAGCGAUUAAUUUUGUCCGACAAGGGGCAGCUGGAUUGGAAAAAGAUGUACUUCAAGCUGGUGCGGUGUUACCCGAGGAGGGAACAGUACGGAGACACUCUCCAGCUCUGCAAGCACUGUCACAUUCUGUCCUGGAAGGGCACCGAUCACCCCUGCACAGCCAACAACCCAGAGAGCUGCUCCAUCUCGCUCUCCCCCCAGGACUUCAUCAACCUGUUCAAGUUCUGAAUCUCAGCUCAUACUACACUUCCCAGGAGGGUCCCCCUCCAAUGACUGGAUGGCCUGCUGGCUGGCUGGGAGGACGGAACUUGGGCACUCCAUUUGUAAAUAAUGUACAUUUUUAUAAACAUUGGCUCGAGACUUCGGAGAUGAGUCCUGCAGAGAAGGGAGUGCCGCAGCCGGCCUGGGGAUGUGAGGGUGUGACCCUGUCCCCAGCAGUAGUAUGGAACGGCAGAAAUGCUAUCAGUAAACUUUGUCUAACAGCCGGUCAGGGAGACUCCCAAGAGCAAGACCUCUCUGUCAAUGGGAAAAUGGAAUUCAUCUUCAUGUUCAUGGAAACUCCUUCACAGCUCCCUAGGAAGAAAAAAGCAAACCUCACCUAGAAGACAGGACGCCUCUUCGUUAACAAUGUGAAGAAUCUGUUUAGGCAGAAAGAAAGAAAAGCAGCAUAACCACAGUUGCGAAACCUUGGGCUUCAGGGCUGGGGUUGGGGUUUGUUUUGGAAAAGCAAAGAAGCCCAGCCCAUCUGUGACGUGCUUGCGCCUGGGACCUGAUCCUUGGAAGCCUCCACACAGUGGUCUACCUCUCAAAGCACGGUGCGUGCCCUCAUGGCACGCACUGCCCCCUAGACAGUGUCUGCUCGUCUCGUGUUUUCAGAACUAUAAAAAGCGAUUUAAAGUAGAAAGCAAUGUUGGAAGCAGCACUUUCAUUUCAGUCUUCCUUUUUAGGCAAACACAGCCCUCUCUUGGAGUUUUUCUUCCAACAACCCCCAAAACAGUGGGGCCUUUUGUCCUUCCGUGUUGUGGAUCAUCUGGGGAGACAACAGACGCAAUCAGAACAGCCG